AUGGCAUCUGCAAAAGCUCGUCCUCUACCUCACCUGGACUCGGGUGAGGUUGCCCUGGUGGAUUUCGCUGCGGAUGACCCUCGCGACAAUGUGACCUUCUCCGAUAAGGAGGCGUUGAUCCUUCAACUCUACCAUCAGAUCCAGGAACAGGAGUUGGAGAAGGCGCUUCUUCAGCAAGAUACGGAAUGGCUUUCUGGCGACGAUGCUGCCGAACAACUGGCUGUCGCCGAACAAGAACUUCUCGAGGCGAGGGCUACGUAUACGGCCAGGAAAAAGGCAAUGAGGACCGUUUUGAUGACCGAACCUACCUUGAAAGCCGUCCAUCUGAAGGCGACAACUCCGGUGGAACAAGCGCUUCUAGGUCUGGUCAACCGGCGAGACGUCCUAUCGUUGGCCCAUGAGAACCUGAACGCUGCGCAGAACUCGACUCUGCGGAAAUUAUCCGACGUGGAGGUGGAAAAUCUACAGUUACACCGGAAGAACAAAGAUCUAGUUCAAGAGCUCUUGAGCCUCACCAAGAAUGACGAAUCAUGGCGGGAAAAGCUUGAAGACGCGGAUCUCAGAGCCCAAUUGGAUCAAGUGCGAACUGACUACAAGAAGAGCAAGGCCAAAUGGGAUACGAUGAAAAGCGUUGCCAGCGCCAUCGUUGUAGGAAGUGGCGUGAAUUGGGCCGAGGAUGAGGAUCUACUAUCUCUGGUGUUGGAUGAGUCGGAUGAUUGA